UAAAUAGCACUGAAAGUCUUGUAGGUAAGAGGAAACACUCUCACCAUUUAAGGAAAAAAAAAUCUGUACCUUUUAAAACCCAAACCUCAUAAUGGUUUAUGAAUUUUGGCUCACUGAUUUGUAGUUGAAAUAAAGGCUCAACAAGGGGAUAUUGGAUACCUUGCUGAGCUGUUGUUGUUGAACUUUUCAUCUGUCUGUCACUCAAAGGUGGCAGUAGUUGGACAUCUGCUUCACAACAUACUUGCUUGACUGAGGUGCUGUUUUUUAAUAUACCAGACAUAUUCAUCUUAUUAAAACAUGGUCUCACAGCCUUAAGAAUCCUGGAGAAGUUACAUCCAUUGGAAAUGAAAGGGCAAAGCUUCUUCAUCAUCUACCUUUUUAGUGUCCUACUAAGGUCAAAAGUUAAUUACAAGUGCCUUUGCCAAAUGUGAGAUGUCAGUUUUCCCAGGCCCAUGUCUUCUGCUUCUUGCUGCUUUGCUGUUAAGAAGUUUUCCAAGAAACCUCAAGAAGUGUUUUUACUGAAGGUACUAGUGAACACUGCCUGCUGUUUUCUGAUGCUGGUUGCUAAGCUAAUCCAGUAUAUGGUGUUUGGUCCUCUUCGUGUCAGUGAGAGGCAGCAUCUCAAGGAUAAAUUCUGGAAUUUCAUUUUCUACAAGUUUAUCUUCAUUUUUGGUGUGCUGAAUGUUCAGACAGUGGAAGAAGUAGUGAUGUGGUGCCUCUGGUUCUCUGGACUUGUGUUUCUCCAUCUGAUGGUUCAGCUCUGCAAGGAUCGCUUUGAAUAUCUUUCCUUUUCUCCUACCACACCCACGAGCAGCCACGUCAGAGUGCUGGCCCUGCUCAUAGCCAUGCUCCUGUCCUGCUGUGGAUUAGCAGUGGUCUGUGGAGUUGUUGGCUACACCCAUGGCAUGCACACAUUGGCUUUCAUGGCAGCAGAGUCUCUGCUGGUGACAGUCAGAACUGCUCAUGUGAUUUUACGAUAUGUAGUUCAUCUCUGGGAUCUCAACCAUGAAGGAACGUGGGAGGGCAAGGGCACUUACGUCUACUACACUGAUUUUGUCAUGGAGCUAACCCUGCUUUCCCUGGAUUUGAUGCAUCAUAUUCAUAUGCUGCUGUUUGGCAAUAUCUGGUUAUCCAUGGCCAGCCUGGUGAUUUUCAUGCAGCUGCGCUACCUGUUCCACGAGGUGCAGCGGCGAAUUCGGCGGCACAAGAACUACCUGCGUGUGGUUGGAAACAUGGAGGCCAGGUUUGCAGUUGCAACACCAGAGGAGCUGGCAGUGAACAAUGAUGACUGUGCCAUUUGCUGGGACUCCAUGCAGUCUGCACGGAAACUCCCUUGUGGCCACCUCUUCCACAACUCGUGCCUGAGGUCCUGGCUGGAACAAGACACAUCUUGCCCCACCUGCAGGAUGUCUCUGAAUAUCACUGACAGCCACCACGUGAGGGAGGAUCACCAGAGGGAGAAUCUGGAUGAGAACCUGGUGCCUGUGGCAGCAGCAGAAGGCAGACCCCGCCUGAACCAGCACAAUCACUUCUUCCACUUUGAUGGCUCCCGAAUUGCCAGCUGGCUGCCCAGUUUUUCUGUGGAAGUGAUGCACACAACCAACAUCCUUGGAAUUGCACAAGCCAGCAACUCCCAGCUCAACGUUAUGGCCCAUCAGAUUCAGGAGAUGUUCCCUCAGGUUCCUUAUCAUUUAGUUCUGCAGGAUCUGCAGCUAACUCGUUCUGUGGAGAUCACCACUGACAACAUCCUGGAAGGGCGCAUCCAGGUGCCUUUCCCCACACAGCGUGCAGAUAGCAUUAGACCUGCAGUGAACAACCCUGUGGAAAGGCACAGUACUGAUCAGGAGGAUACUGGAACUGUCACACAGACUGAGAGAGUGCCUCUUGAACUGAACUCUAGACUGGAAGAAAUGGUGGAAUUCAACGAGAUGGAAGCAGAACCUAAUGAAGCAGAAGAUUUUGAGGCCAGGGGAAGUCGCUUCUCCAAGUCAGCCGAUGAGAGGCAGCGAAUGCUGGUUCAGCGGAAGGAGGACUUGUUGCAACAAGCUCGAAAGCGUUACUUGAACAAAACCUCCGAUGAGGAGCUGAGCACAGAGAAGCCUUUGCCCGAGGGAGCGGCGGCCGACGCCGCCACCCUGCGCCGCAGGACCCUCGCUGCCGCCGCCGAACGGAGACUUCAGAUGCAGCAAAACUCUUAGCGCUCGCUGCCCCUCCUCCUCCUCCUCGUGAGCAACGUUGAAUAAAUAAAUUACAUACAAAAAACCCUGCGCUUUCUAUACCAGCAAGAAAGUGUCUCUUCAGAGUUCAGCUGGCUGUGCUGCCGAGUGAGCUGGCUGCCUCUCUGCUGUAUAAAGCAUGUGGUCUAAUAAUGUUUGGACAGCUGACAAAUUAACCUUUUUUGUAAUAUUUUCUAUGUGACGUUGAUCCUCUACACAACAAAAGGCAAUUUCUAAACCACGGGCAUGACUUCUGCAGCUGGCAUGAGCUAUGGGGCUGACGGCACAGCAGAGGCUGGGGAAGUGUGUUCUGAGGUAGCUGUGGGUGCAGGUCACGGAGUGCACGGGCACGUUCUGCUCGAGAUCAGGGCCAGUUACUCCGAGGGAAGGAAGCUUAGAAGCUUGCAGCAAGCCCUGUGUUAGACGAGCAGGCUCCUCAGUCCCUGUUCCUUCAGCAGCCAAGGUGUUACGUAGGGCAGCUUGAAGGGCUGGGGCAGCCUCGCUGGGAGGUUCUUACACUGGAUGAAGUUGUCUGGCUACACAGCACAGAAAAACCUGAAUUCAUGAAUUGUGCAGCAAAGCGCUGAUUCCCGCAUAAAAUAGUUCACUGUUGCUGGGCUCUUCUGCACUGGCAGAGGUUUGGCUCUGUUCAUCCCCAGGGCUGCACUUUGCCUUUAUGUCCAGGAACAAGUGAGGGACAGAGGGGGAUGGAGUGAAGAAGAGGGACCUAAGGCGAGGUUACGGUGUUGCCAUGAGCCGAGGGAGUCAAAACCUGCCUGUCCUGGACUCCAGCACCACACGGAUGGGACGGUGCAGAGAUCCCUCUAUUAUCUUGCUUUUUAUUUCAUUUUUUACCCCACAACCUCACCCUGAGUUUAUUCAGAAAGACUGGAGGAACGGGGGCAGCUGGACCUUUGCUGGCUGCAGCCCAACCUGCUAACCUGGAUUUUCUUAAGAACUUUUGAGAUCCCCUUGGCGCCGCCGCCGCUAGCUUACCUAGUUGAAUUUUACAUGGCAGUGACUUAAUUUUUAAACUUCUGAAGAGUGAGUUCUAGUUUCACCGUCCUUUAGAAGGAGCUCAGUAUUAUCUAGAAUUGUUGGUAAUUUUUUUACUGUUGGUUUUUAGGUGAAGGUGAAUUUAAUGAGAGGAAUUGCAUCGAUGUUUAGGUGAAAAUAAUUUAUUUCAAUAAAACUCUUUGGGAAGCCUUACCUUGCAAUGCUAUUAGUAAACCUCAAAAAAUUUUUUUGAGAUCUUUGGUUUUGCUUUGAACACAGCUGUUUUGUUUUUACUGUUAAAAAAAAACCCAACGAAACAAAAAUAAAACCUUGAUCAGUGUUGGAAAUUGUAAA